AUUCAGCUUCCCCUUCAUCAUGUCUGCCUCUAUUCGUGGCCCGUGGGUACUCGAUUAUCUCAAACGUAUCGCUGAAGAAUACGGGGGAAACAUGGCAUCUGUCCCGCCGCGUCCCAAAGGAGUGAAGGCACAGAUACUGCAGUACUUGACCUACCCUCGUUCGGAAGAUCCUGAUGCGUGUAUAUGGGCGAUUCUAUCCGAUAAGACGAAUCACAUUCCUGCGCGUUUCACCACAGAAGCUAUGAAAUCGUUCAGGGAGAACCCAGCAUUUGCAGGCAAGACUUUGACAGAGCACAAGACAGCGCUUGUUGUCAUCAAAGACUUCCGACCUUUCUUUGCACGUAUUCCCACUGGAAGAGACAAGGGCAUGUCCAAGUCGGAACAUCUUGCCUUGGACGUCGCAUCUUUCGACUUGAAGGGCGCUUACAACGAGCCUAUGUGGGGAAAUCCUGGUGAUAUUGAAACAAACACAGAUAUGGCGACAUGGGUUGCUGGCCUUCGACAGGGAGGAGGAGCCGGCAACGUUCUGAAACUCAAAAAGUCUGCGAAGGAGCGACGUCCUGAGUCUCCUGCGGAAGAAAUAGCGGCCGAAUCUAUGCAAUCUGCUAAGAAGGAAAAGCCGACGACUCGGCAGGGUGGUCCAUCUUCUGCAAAAGGAAGGUCUCGUCAAGAUCAAAUCGAUACCGCUUCUGUUCCGCCUGCGGCUCAUAAAGGCGAAGCCGCCGAGGCACCCGUCGAUUUUGCCCGGGAAUGGAGAAACAGUUGGCGCCAAUGCCUUGGAGAGCGCAUCGGGCACAUCUUUUCCGCGCAUGCCCUGCACCUACUGCGGGAGAUGUCCACGGAUGACGAAGGCGAUUCAAGAGGCCCGCAGAACCUCGAAGGCGCCAUCAAGCCAGCAUUUUAUGACGAAGGUUCACCCAGACAUGCUGUAAAAAAGCGCAAUCCUCUGGAUAUGUCGUCAAUUUCAUGUUCAUCUAGAGCUCAAGAGUCGAGCGACGAAGAGGUGCCUGGAACACCAUCUCAUUGGUCGCCCUCGGUUAGAGGCAGCCCAGUGCAAAUAGCCGAUGCUGAAAUAGAAGACGCUCUUGGCGAUGUACGUACGCACCAAAAGGUGAUAGGACCCAGAUCAUCUGCAGACGCUCAACGGGACGCGUCGAGCCAAAAUGCUAUUCAGGCGGAAGCGGUGGAGUACAUGUUGGCUGUUUCUCUAUCAUCCUACCUAUCUGCCCCUCCUGCAGCUCAGCGACGUCACCAGGCCGCUCCGUCUUCCCCACAUCUGCCUUCUCCCUCACUUGUUCAGAUGUCCUCAAGUGCCCCUAAGCCUUCUUUCGCGGCAGUCGCAGAGCCCUCAGUCUUUAUACAACAAACUGCCGGCCUUACUACUCAACCUCCUCGUCCAAAUGGACGCAGAGUACCUCUGCCCGUAUGUAGUCGUCUAUCACCUGACCAUGAUGAUACCCGAGUCCUCGUUCCGAACUCGGAUGUCUCGGGAUCAACCUCACAAUCUCAGUCUCUCUCGCAGCAAGGCCCCCCGACUACUUCUUCCCAGAAUGGAGGUCGCCAAUGGAAUGGUCUGUACCAGCAAUCCCUGUCAUACGCUUCCGAGUCGCAAACUGGUAGCCAAAACCAUGUGCAAGUGCAUUCGCAGUCUCAACCCAAGUCUCAGCAACUUGACGAAGUGGAGACGUCUGUGGCAGAAGAAGAGCCGCUUCCGCAGGGUCUUUAUAAUCAAUCCCUUUCCUAUGCUUCAGAAUCGCAAGGCGAUGUCAGGGCGCCUCCUGUGCUGCAGUCACAGCCUCGGACUGAAGCUCAAUCACCAGGUGCAGGGCAAGCCACGGCGAUGAAAGCUGAAUCGGCUAGACCAGCUGAAGAAAGGCCCUCUCGGAAUGCAUCUGCCUUACCUCAACCUGUUGCCGAGGCUGCCAUACACGAAACCGUGAGAGCGCAUGAUAACGCGGAUGUCGAUGGCAGUGUCACGGAAGAGGAGGAAGAGGGGGAGCUGGACGAGCUCGAAUCAGAUUCACCCCGUGAUGUCACUCAUACGCAAGCCAUAGCGGGGGGACCUGAAUCGUUACCGUAUGAGGAAGAGGAAGAAAGUGACGAGGAGAAGGACGUUGAGAUGCAUCUCGCUGAUGCAGGCCAAGCGACGGUGGGGGCCGAUGUUUUACAUGUGAAAAGGCCGCACGCCCUGGACGUUCCAAGGGGACUGGAUCGGCAAGAAGCUUCUAUGAGCAGCCUCACUACUGACGUCGCAAAAAGCAGGCGCUCCUCGGGUACUACCUGGAUUCAAGGAGCCACUCGAACGCAGACGAUGGCGUCGUACGCACAUAGCCAGGACUCUGAAGGUCCCGCUCCUCCAUCAAGUCCGGACGUGUUCAUAAGCCAAGAGUCAUUCCGAGCAAGCCGCUUCAGCCUUCCCACCCCCGCGCCAUCGUCCGUCCGUUCCAGUACGCACAGCGCGCCUGAAGCUGGGUCUUCGCACAUGCCGCUGAAGCGAGGGGUGUCCGACACGGUAGGAACGAGAGAGGUUCCUGGCAAGAAGAAGCAAGCGGGUCCGUCUAACGUGGGCGAACAUGAUCCUGAAGCAUGGAAGGAGCCGUCUUUCAUGCAAAGAAAGCGCAGUGCAAAAGGGAAGGAGAGGGCUGUUGACGUUGAGCCAGGUUCUUCCAGGAAGUCUACAGCUCGUCGCAAGCAUGCGUUGUCCUCUUCCUCAUCAGAAUCGGAAGAUGAUCAUGCACAAAAGAGGCGAAAGCUAUCAAGUGGCGCGUUUGAGUCAAGUCGCGCCCAUGGUGAUCUCAAGAGGUCGGUAAUUGUCAAGACAGAACGUAAAGUAGGCGAAGCCAAAGGUCACAACGAGGUUCGCCCAAGAGAAAUCGAUUUUAGGAGGAUUUCGCAAGGAGCGUCGGCCAAUCCUGUGUCAAGUAAGACGCCAGGACCUGUCAAAUCCAACGCUGCGAGUGAGCCCGCUAAUGGGCUGCGACCGACGCAUAGACGCAGCGGUGCUGCAAAUACUACCAAGGGAAAGGAAGUCCAGUUUAUCGACCUUAGCUUGAUGUCGAGACGCACUGAGAGUUCUCCCACGCGACGCCGCCGUAGCUUGCAGGCUGCAAGUGCUGCUGAUCAAAUCAAUGUGUCUUCCACCUCACGAUCACCGCUGAAGCGGACUGAAAUCCUGAAGCCACCAAAAGCCGUAAGGAUGUCUGUCGGCGGCUCCGCGUUAGGGUCGGGGUCAAAGCGGCAUCAGAAAAGCCAGCCGGUUGCGCAACCUCUCGGACUUCAGGAUCUCAAGAGCUCUGGGCGUAGGAUGACGUCUGCUCCUGCUGCGGCUGUAGAGACAUCCAGUAUGGGUGCAGGACCGUCUACUGCAGCUGGUGCGUCAGCAGCGAUGUUGCUUGGAGGAUACCGACCCAAUCUUGAGAUGGUGAGAGAAGAAGGAGGCCCUCCGUUGGUGACUUGGGAUGAACUCACGCGGAUUCUGCUGAGAACGGGAAAGGAUAGGUUCAAGCUGAAGAAGGCGAAGGGGAAACAAAGACAGGAAUGAUCACUGACGUUCUAGGCCGACCGAGUGUAUCGUGAAUUUAUACCGUAUCAUUAUUUCCCAGCAAUUGAGAUAUCACGUUCUGAUCUGUCC